AUGGCUUCAUUCGAGGACUACGAUGAAUUCGGCAACUACAUUGGUGCGGAUCUUGGCUCGGACGAGGAGGAUGAGGCCAUGCAGACAGACUUCGGUCAAGCUACCCAGCAGCCUGCUACGUUGGAGGGCUACGAUGAAGAGCCAGAGCCAGAACCCGUCCAAGAAGGCGCGCUGAUGGAAAUUGACGAACCCGUUCACAGGGCCGUAGUUCUCCAUGAGGACAAGCAGUACUAUCCGUCCGCUGAGGAUGUCUAUGGACCUGACGUAGAGACUUUGGUUCAGGAGGAAGAUGCUCAGCCUCUCUCAGAACCUAUAAUCGCCCCCAUAAAAGUACGGAAGUGGGCAGUCGAGGAAAAGGAUAUGCCGCAGACACGGUUUGACAAGGGGUUCUUGCUGAAUAUGAUGUCUUUACCAGAGAUGGUGAGGAAUGUCGCGGUGGUUGGGCAUCUACACCACGGAAAGACAGCAUUGAUGGAUACGUUGGUCUUUGAGACACAUAAACUCGUCUGGGACGCAGAUCACCAGUUAAAAUACACUGACACCCACGUUCUGUCGCGCGAGCGAGAAAUCUCGAUCAAGUCGUCCCCCAUGUCUUUGGUCCUUCCUACUACUAGUGGCAAGUCGCAUCUAAUACAUUUAAUCGACACACCCGGACAUGUCAACUUCGUCGACGAGGUUGCCUCGGCUAUGAGACUAGUCGAUGGCAUUGUCCUCGUCGUGGACGUCGUUGAAGGGACGAUGGUCAAUACAGAAGCUAUAAUUCGUCAUGCUCUUCAAGAGGACAUCAAGAUGACGUUGUUGGUCAAUAAAAUUGACCGACUGAUCUUGGAGUUGCGUCUUCCGCCUGCAGAUGCGUACUACAAAAUAAAACAUACCAUUGAGGAGAUCAACACCUUUAUCAGUGGCAUCAACCCUGACCCAGAGCUACGUCUGAGUCCUGAGCGAGGAAACGUGGCCUUCGGAAGCACUGACAUGAAUUGGUGCUUUACUCUCCGCUCCUUUGCGCAGAUGUAUGCGGUCAGUUAUGGCUCGCUCGACGUUACUGCUUUCGCAGACCGUCUAUGGGGAGACAUCUACUUCGACAGCGAAAUGCGGAAAUUUACUCGCAAAGCCCCAGAAGGAAACUCAAAGCAGGCUCGCUCCUUUGUGCAUUUCAUUCUCGAUCCGCUCUACAAACUUUAUAGUCAUGUCCUAAGUGAGGAAACAGAAGAUCUCAAGAAAAUUCUGGCACAGUUGAAAAUUGUUCUGAAGCCUGUGAUGUACAAAAUGGACGUGCGACCACUGCUCAAAGUGAUCCUCGACCAGUUCUUCGGACCUGCGACGGGAUUGGUGGAUAUGAUUGUGGAGCACAUACCAUCUCCUGUUGCCAGUGCGGCAACCAAGGUAGAGCGGACGUAUACAGGACCCCAAACAUCGGACAUUGCCGCUUCAAUGAAGCAAUGCCAUCCAGACGGUCCUGUGAUGGUCCAAAUCACAAAACUCUACCAUACGACAGAUGCUCAAUCCUUCAGAGCAUUCGGUCGUGUUAUGAGCGGGACAUUGCGGAAGGGUGCACAAGUAAAAGUUUUGGGUGAGGGUUAUUCGCCAGAAGACGAAGAAGAUAUGAUGAAGGCUACCAUCGAGGACAUUUGGGUAAGCGAGGCUAGGUAUUUCAUUCCAACAGAAGAAGCACCAGCAGGAAACCUUGUUCUCAUCGGCGGUGUUGACGCCUCAAUUUCUAAAACUGCAACUUUGGCACCUGCCGACGUGGACGAAGACCUGUACAUUUUCCGUCCUAUCAAACAUGUGACAGAGUCCGUGCUCAAAAUUGCUAUUGAACCGGUGAUGCCAUCCGAACUCCCCAAGAUGCUUUCCGGUUUGAGAAGUAUUAACAAAUCCUACCCCCUUGCGACCACAAAAGUUGAAGAGAGUGGCGAACAUGUGCUGAUGGGCACUGGGGAGUUGUACCUCGAUUGUGUGAUGCACGAUUUAAGGAAACUGUUUUCCGAGAUUGAGAUCAAAGCAUCCGAUCCAGUGACUAGGUUCUGCGAGACCGUCUUGGAGACUAGUGCCCUGAAAUGUUACGCGGAUACACCAAACAAAAAGAACCGAAUUACAAUGAUUGCAGAACCUCUGGAACGAGGUGUAGCGGAGGACAUCGAGCGGGGUAGGGUGACGAUACGGAUGACGCCGAAGGAACGAGGAACAUUUUUUCAGGAGAAGUACCAGUGGGACCUUCUUGCCUCGCGAUCAAUAUGGGCAUUUGGGCCGGACGACAGCGGGCCGAAUAUUCUUUUGGAUGAUACACUACCUUCACAGGUUGACAAAAAGUCGCUUGGCACGGUCAGGGAUCACAUCAAGCAGGGUUUCCAAUGGGCCGCACGGGAAGGUCCGUUGUGUGACGAGCCAAUGCGCAAUGUGAAGUUCCGUAUCCUAGACGCCAGUCUAGCCCCGGAGCCCAUCUUCCGUGGAGGCGGGCAAAUUGUUCCAACUGCGCGGCGCGUGUGUUACUCUUCAUUCCUGAUGGCCACGCCGCGUUUAAUGGAGCCUAUUUACUAUGUCGAAGUGCAGGCACCGGCUGACUGCAUUUCAGCGGUAUACACUGUUCUUGCUAGACGGCGAGGCCAUGUCACGCAGGACAUACCCAAGGCUGGGUCGCCCCUGUACACUGUGAAAGCGCUCAUUCCCGUGAUCGAUGCCAAUGGCUUUGAGACGGACUUGCGUACGGCGACGCAGGGUCAAGCGUUCUGCCAGCAGGUGUUUGACCACUGGUCGAUCGUUCCGGGUGACCCCACGGACACGACCAUCAAGCUUCGACCGCUAGAGCCAGCAUCCGGACAAGCACUGGCUAGGGAUCUGGUGCUAAAGACGCGACGAAGAAAGGGUCUGGGAGACCAAAUUGCGGUGUCCAAGUACUUAGACGACGAGUUUGUGGUGACCCUGUCUGUCAUUCUUGCCGCCGCCGCUGCCGGUGCAAAUGCGUCUGAGGAACCCAAGCCAACAUUCAAGGCAACGGAAAUCUCAGCACCGUUUAUCGAGCAAUUCACGGAUGACUGGGCGGAACGUUGGACACCCUCGGAAGCUACCAAGGAGACUCCUGUUGGUGGCGAGACUUUCUCUUACGUCGGUCAAUGGAAAGUCGAGGAGCCCGAGACCGUCCUCAUCGAGGGAGAUAAAGGUCUCGUCGCAAAGUCGAAAGCCGCCCACCACGCCAUCUCCGCACCUUUUGGCUCCGCUGUUGACUUCUCGGAAAAACCCCUCGUGGUUCAAUACGAAGUCAAGUAUCAGAAAGGAGGCAACUGCGGUGGUGGAUAUAUCAAACUCCUCGCGGAUGGGUUCCAGACGAGUGGCAAGGAGUUCGCUGAUACGACGCCGUGGGUGGUUAUGUUUGGCCCUGACUUGACGUGUCCCGGCAAUAAGGUGCACUUUAUCUUCCGCCACAAGAACCCUAUCACGGGCGAGUAUGAGGAGAAACAUCUCAGUCCUGCGCCGAAACCUGCGUUUGGCAAGGACACUAACCUCUACACACUGGCCAUCAACCCCGACAACACCUACGAGGUCAGGUUCAACGGCCUCGUCCAGAAAGUUGGAAACGUUCUCGAGGACUUCGAACCCGCCGUCAACCCUCCCGAAUUUAUCGACGAUCCUGAGGACAGGAAGCCGGAAGAUUGGGUUGACAAGAAGAAAAUACCUGAUCCCGAUGCUGUUAAGCCUGACGAUUGGGACGAGAACGAGCCCUAUGAAAUCCCAGACGAGGAUGCUGUAAAACCCGAGGGUUGGCUGGACAACGAACCUGAGAUGAUUCCUGAUCCCGAGGCCGAAAAGCCGGAGGAGUGGGAUGACGAAGAAGACGGUGACUGGGUUGCACCAUUGGUCCGCAAUCCGGCUUGUGAUGUUGCUCCUGGUUGCGGUGAAUGGAAGCGUCCCUACAAGGCCAAUCCAAAAUACAAGGGCAAGUGGUACGCUCCCAUGAUCGAUAACCCUGAGUACAAGGGUGAGUGGAAGCCGCGCCGGAUUCCCAACCCUGGCUACUUCCAAGAUCUCGAACCCGUCAAGAACCUUGACAAGAUCGGCGGUGUUGGCAUUGAACUCUGGACGAUGACCGAGGACAUCCUCUUUAACAACAUUUAUGUCGGCCAUUCGAUCGCUGAUGCAGAGCUUCUUGGCAACGAAACAUGGGUGGUCAAGCACCAGCUGGAGGCUGCUGCAACUGCCAAGGUGCUUGAACUUGAUCAGGAGGAAGGGCCAUCUUUCAAGGAGGACCCACUUGGUUUCGUGCGCAACAAGGUCACCGAUUUCAUCGAUGCUGCAAGCGCAGACCCAGUUGGCGCAUUCAUGGCAUACCCUGCUACUGGUGCUGGGCUGAUCGGAAGCUUCAUCGCGGUAUUCGGACUGCUCGGUGUUCUCGUUAGCCUCAUUGGUUCAUCACAGAAGCCUGUGCCCAAGCCCUCGAAAAAGACGGAUGCACCCACCCCAGACGACGAAAAGAAAGAUGAGAAGGCACCCGUUGCGCCUGCUGGAGGCAAGAGCAAGGAGGAGACGCCAGUCAAGAAGCGCAAGUAA